AUGGCAGAUAAGCAUACUCCUCUACUAAAGGAGGAAGAGACAUCAGACUUCGAUUCAGAGCAGCCGGCUGAUCUGAGGAUAGUUCUGGUGGGUAGAACUGGAGCAGGGAAGAGUUCAACAGGAAACACCAUCCUGUGGAAAGAUGCCUUUACAGCAGAGGUCGCUUUUGAGUCUGUAACUGCACAGUGUGAGAAACAGAGUGGAGUGGUGGGUGGGAGGAAGAUUGAUGUAAUCGACACCCCGGGGCUCUAUGACACAACAAUGUCUAAAGCAGAGAUGAAAAGUGAAAUAGAAAAGGCCUUCUAUAUGUCAGUCCCAGGACCUCAUGCCUUCCUGCUGGUGAUCAGACUGGGGGUGAGAUUCACAGAGGAGGAGAGGAACACUGUGAAGUGGAUCCAGGAGAACUUUGGAGAAGAAGCCUCAAAGUACACCAUCAUUCUGUUCACUGGUAAAGAUCAGUUGAAGGGGAAAACAGUUGAAGAGUGUCUAAAUCCUUGUGUUGCACUUCAGGAACUGAUCCAAAGUUGUUGGGGAAGGUACCAUUGUCUCAAUAAUGAUCAGAGGGAUGAUCGUGUUCAGGUCACUCAGCUGCUGAGGAAGAUAGAAGAGAUGGUGGAGAUGAAUGGAGGAGAGCACUACACCAAUGAGAUGUACCAGGAGGUUCAGAGGAAACUGAGAGAAGAGGAGGAGAGAAAAAAACAGGAGAUGGAGAAAGAGAGGAGGAGAAGGGAGGAGGAGGAGAUGAGGAGAAGGGAGGAGGAGGAGAGGAGGAGAAGGGAGGAGGAGGAGAGGAGGAGGGAGGAGGAAGAGAGGAGGAGAAGGGAGGAGGAAGAGAGGAGAAGGGAGGAGGAGGAGAGGAGGAGAAGGGAGGAAGAGGAGAGGAGGAGAAGGGAGGAGGAGGAGGAGAGGAGGAGAACGGAGGAGGAGGAGAUACAGGAGGAAGAAAGGAGGAGACAGCAAAGAGAAAAUAUUGCGAUAGGUUUAACUUCAGCAGCAGCUGCUGGGGCAGUAGUAGCUGGGACUACAGUAUUUGUUGCUGCUGGAGCAGCAGUGGCCGUGGUAGCAGGACCAGUUCUGUUGGUUGGGGGAGCUGUAGGAGGUAUAGCAGCUAUUGCUAUUUUGGUAAAGAAGAGAAGACAGUAA